GAUCCACAGCAGCAGUUGUCGAGUCUCCGGAGAACCAGAGUUUUACUAAACAUUUUGACCAUGUAAGGGGAAGUGUGUGAGGCUGGGGGGGUCCCUGAAGACCCUGAAGACCCUGAAGACCCCCCCAGCCUCAGACCAUCUCUGACCUCUCAGACAGCUGCUGUAUUUAAACUGUCUGCUCCCAGAGCAUCAGUCAGAGCAGAGGCAGCGUCAGUGACGAGCAGAGAUGGCGAGCAGGAAGACGAAGAAGAAGGAGGGAGGGGCUAAAAGAGCUCAGAGAGCCUCGUCCAACGUUUUCUCCAUGUUUGAACAAACCCAGAUCCAAGAGUUCAAAGAGGCGUUCACCCUGAUCGAUCAGAACCGGGACGGCUUCAUUGAUAAAGAGGAUCUGAAGGACACCUACGCCUCUCUGGGUAAACUCAACGUCAAGGACAACGAGCUGGAGGACAUGUUGAAGGAGGCGACCGGUCCCAUCAACUUCACCAUGUUCCUCACCCUGUUUGGAGAGAAGCUGCACGGCACAGACCCUGAGGAAACCAUCUUAAACGCCUUCAAACUGUUCGACCCCAACGCCAAAGGCUUCGUUCACAAAGACGAAUUACAGAAGUUACUGAUGACACAAGCAGACAAGUUUACACCUGAGGAGGUGAAGCAGAUGUUUCAGUCGUCAAAUAUCGACGCUGCAGGAAACUUGGAUUAUAAAUCUCUGUGCUACAUCAUCACACAUGGAGAGGAGAAGGAAGAAUAAAAUAUUUCUGCUGUGAUGUUUUAAAGCUCAGUGUUUAAAUAAAAAGUAAAACCUGA